GGCUCUCUUUGAAAAGGCCACGGCCCUUUGCGGUUCGGCCGCUACGGUGGAAGAGUCCAUGCUGGAGGCCCAGUCACUGGUCGUCAUGCGACGCUUCACCUGCUGGCUGGUGCUGCUCGCUGCAGCGGCACAGCAGUGCGCAUGGAGCACGGCCUCCGCCAAGGCGACCUCGAGGGCGCGGCCGCCGACCAGGAGGGCCUCGCACUUGUUCCGCGUCCCGCACCGCCUCGAGCAGGACGCGGCCUUCCAGAUCGGCGUCAACCUCACCAACGCCACGAGGGACAUCGUGGCGGGGCUGCCCGUCGACCGCAUCACCCUGGUGUUCGACGGCACUAUCGACGCCAGAUUUCGAAGGCUGCUGCCCGUGUCUCUGCAUCUGGCUGACAUACUGACACAAAGCUACAGCAUCAGUACGCAGAAGCUCAUGGACGAGUACAUCGAUCACAUACGGCAGACCAUGGCGAGGUACGAGGGAAUGACGAGCAUAAUUUUUUGCUCCCGGAAGUCGUCGGAAAAGCUCAUCAACACGAUCCGCAACGCCAAUCUAAUCCAGCGCAACAUCCUCUACAUGUUCUACUACGAGCUGUGGCCACCCAGUGAUGUUUUUCUUGGCGCUUUGCAGGAGGCAAUGCGUGUCGCUGUCAUUUCCAACCCUCGUCCGGGAACGUACAGAAUUUACUACACGCAGGCGACCCCGGAGGGCAGCGGGACCCUGAAGCUCGUCAACUGGUGGAGCUCCAGCGCGACGCUCUUCCGGUACCCGGUCCUCCCCCCUGCGUCGCGCAUCUACACGGACCUCCGCGGCCGCACGCUGCACGUGCCCGUGCUGCACAAGCCGCCGUGGAACUUCGUGACCUACACGAACAAGACCUUCCUGGUGGAGGGCGGCCGGGACCACGAGCUCCUCCUCCUGCUCGCCGACAAGCUGCACUUCCGCUUCGACUACUUCGACCCCCCGGAGCGGAGUCAGGGCUCCGCCUUCGUGGAGACCACCGACCACAACAAGACGUUCCCAGGGAUCAUCGGUCUCAUCAGUGAGCGGCGAGCGGACCUGGCGCUGGGCGACAUCACCAUCACGUUCGAACGGAGCCAGGCAGUCGAGUUCUCCUUCCUUACCCUGGCGGACUCGGGCGCGUUCGUCACGAAGACCCCCAGCAGGUUGAAUGAGGCCCUGGCACUCGUGCGUCCCUUCCAGAUGGAGGUUUGGCCGGUCCUGGUGCUCACCAUGCUGCUCACCGGCCCGCUGCUGUUCGGCGUGCUCGAGGCGCCCCGGCUGUGGCGCGGCAAGGCGUGGAUGGCCAAGCGCGGCCGGAAACGGAUAUCGGACAGGAAGCUCUUCGGCAACGCCGUGUGGUUCAGCAUCGCGCUCUUCUUCAAGCAGAGCGUUCGCGGGCCCGAGGACAGCCACCGCGUCCGCCUGCUCACUAUCCUCCUCUCGUUCGCGGCCACGUACGUCAUCGGCGACAUGUACUCUGCCAACCUGACGUCGCUGCUCGCGAGGCCAGGGAGGGAGCGACCCAUCAGCAACCUAGAGCAGCUGGCGGAGGCCAUGGAGACGCGGGGCUACCAGCUACUCGUCGAGAAGCACUCAUCGUCCUACAACGUCCUCGAGAACGGCACCGGGGUGUACGAGCGGCUGUGGCGGCUCAUGCUGCGCCAGCGGGAGAUGGCCGAGGUGGCCAGCGGCGAGGACGGCAUGGUGCGCGUGGGCCGCGAGCCCAACCUGGCCAUGCUGGGCGGCAGGGAGACGCUCUACUUCGACACGCGGAGGUUCGGCGCGCACCGCUUCCACCUCAGCGAGAAGCUGUACACGCGCUACUCGGCCAUCGCCAUGCAGAUCGGCUGCCCCUACAGCGAGAGCGUCAACAACAUACUGAUGCAGCUCUUCGAGGCGGGCAUCCUCACGAAGAUGACGGAGGAGGAGUACGAGAAGCUGGGCGACAAGCUGCACGAUCAGGGCCCAAUGCUGCCGGAGCGGACCGAUGGCGCCGGCGACGAGGACGGGCAGGGCGACGAGGAGGGCGGUGACGGCGAGGACGGCGCUGCCACCACGCUGACCCCAGCCGACUACGGCUUCUACCAGGAGGACGACUACUACGACUACCCCCAACCACAAGACUACGGCGCGCCGAACUGCCACGAGGGUUGCCCCCAACCGUCGGCGCCGUCCGAGACGUCCACCGCGACCCCACCCACGACGACGACGCCAACAACGACGACGCCCAUCGCCCCGGAGGGGCCCGCGGAGGGCAGCGAGCGGGAGGUCAAGAAGGGUGGCCGGAGCACGUCGUCCACCGACGAGACGCUGAGGCCGAUCUCCAUCAAGAUGCUGCAGGGCGCGUUCUACGCCCUGCUGGCGGGGUACGUGCUCGCCGCCCUCGCGUUCUGGUCGGAGCUCGCCACCAAGCGCCUGGAGCGCUGCUCCUGCCACUGCUACGCGGCCACACGCGCCUGCGCCGAGCGGCCGUGGGUGCGGUGCUGGGUACGGUCCUCCGCCUGCUGCCGGUGCUGCGACUCGGUGCGGGGCCACGCCGCCGCCACCAAGCAGCGCUUCAGGCAGGCCGUCGCCGCGGCCCUCGUCAUGCUGCGCGCCAGCUCGGACGAGGACGACGACGAGGAGGUUGACAACGCGUCCGUCGCCGACCGACCGGUCACGCACGAGUACCUCAAGGCCUACCUGCGCAAUGAGCAGCUUCUCCGUCGGCCGUCCAACACGACGUCGUCCUCCUCGUCCGCGUCCGUGUCCCAGCAGACCUCGUUCGCCACAUUCACGACGCAUACGCGAACCUCGCGGUUCAAGUCCUCGUCGAGGUCGUCUCCUCCGUCUUCAUCCCCUGGCAGCAGCAUCUCGUGUAUCAGGCCAUUCAUUAAUUAAAACAGUUUCGAUUGAC